CACCACUUUUACUUUCGCCCCCAUCAUCAUUUCUCACUCACCCAACCCAAAAAAGACCAACAAACACCAAAAUGCUGAUCUACCAGGACGUCCUUACCGGUGACGAGAUGAUCUCUGACGCCUUCCCUAUCAAGGAGAUCGGUGACAUCGCCUACGAGGUUGACUGUGCCAACAUCAUCAUCAAGGAGGGUGAUGUUGACAUUGGAGGUAACCCUUCCGCUGAGGAGGCCGCCGAGGCCCUUGAGGAGGGUGCCCAGCAGGUCAACAACGUUGUCCACUCUUUCCGACUCCAGUCCACUUCUUUCGACAAGAAGUCUUACCUUACCUACCUUAAGGGCUACAUGAAGGCCAUCAAGUCUAAGCUCCAGGAGUCCAACCCCGACCGAGUUGCUGCUUUCGAGAAGGGCGCUCAGGAUUUCGCCAAGAAGAUUGUUGCCAACUUCAAGGACUACGAGUUCUACAUCGGAGAGAGCAUGAACCCCGACGGCAUGGUCUGCCUCCUUAACUACCGAGAGGACGGUGUCACCCCUUACUUCACCAUGUGGAAGGACGGCCUUAAGGAGAUCAAGAUCUAAGCGCGAAUUAUUAUAAAUUUGGUUGUUUUUAUUAUACGGCGCUGAGGCUUAUGCAUAUUCAUGCAUGAUAAUAUUCCGUGCAUAAAACGAAUUUGUAAUGAAAACAUUGGAGCAUUUGUUGGGUACUUGUUUUAUAUAAUUGCCCCCCGAAGGCGUCCGUCGUCGGAGAAAAAAAAACGAAAAAGUCUGAGCAUCGCUAGUUUGUAUAGGUCCCCUACUCCUUGCACUAUGCACGAACUUCUACGCCUGGUCCCUAUAUUAACUCGAAGAUGUUCUAUCAACUUGCACGUCUUGCCAAACUCUUGCUUUCAAACACAUUUGAACCUGACGUCGCUCGUCUCCGAUAAGGCCAACCUCUGCUGCGUGUUGUUGUAGAACGCGAAUUUACGGCUUCCAUCGUCAAAGACACUUCAAAAGAUACAUUUCUAC